UGGUACUGGGACCUCUCCUUACACGAAGGAGCAGGAGGAGGAAGCUGCGAGAAUUCUGGCAGAGUAGAAGGCGAGGAAGGAGAAGAAAGAGUUGGAGAAGAAGGCCAAGAAGGUGGCCUCACUGGCAGAGAAGGCCAAGAAAGAGAAAGAGUUAGAAGAAGAGUUGAAACGGUUGCAGAAAGAGAAAGAGGCAGUAGCAGUAGCAGCAGCCGUAGAAGAAGAAGAAGAAGAAGAGGUAGAGGUUCCUCUGCAGAGAACAGCAAGAAUUGAAGAGCGAGGGGAAUCUAGUACUGCCUGGGAGAGAGAGGCAAAGGUGGAGAAGAUGGUGACUAAGUGGGUGGCUAAUCUAGCCUCGAGGAAGGAUGAAGAAGCUAUGUUGCUUAUCCCUCAGGCAGAAAGAGAAGCAAUGGAACAAGAGUUGGGAAGGGAGGAGGAUCCCUUGCGCCGACAGGCCAAGGAAGAUGAAAAGAGGUUGGAAUGGAAGUCGGCGCAUCGUGGAGCCCCAGCUAUGGCGCUAGGUGAGCCUCGCUGCAGCACCUCCACGGAGUAUGCCACGUCAAUGGCCAGCAAGGCCGUCAAAUGGGAAGUCACAAUAGCCACGUCAGCAGCGCACAAUCUGCCAAGCCCAUUCGUCACUGGUAUGCCACGUCAGACUAAAGAUAUCGCGGGAGCCUUGGAAGCGCCACGCCAGCAGGUCAGUUACGCCCUUGACGAGUCUCUGAUUGAGUUUGGAUCAGCUGUUGAGGAUAGAGAUUAUGACAGAGCUGUGGACAUCCUUGAACCACUUGAGCUAACGCCAGAGACUGAGGCCAUGUGGCAACAGUUCCUUGGAAAGAUCAAGGAACGCUUCUUGGACAAGACCACGGUCGAUAAGGCCUUCGACCAGCUCACAACCAUUGGUCAGAAACAUUGGACCUCGGUGGAAGCCCUGCCUCGGGAGGUUGACCGGUUGCUGCAGGUUCCAGAAUUGAACUUGCAAGACAACCAAGUCUUGUACAUAUACUCCCGUGCUCUGCCCGAGCCCAUCCGGGGACAGCUCGUGGCAGCUAAAUCUGGCAAAUAUAAGUAUAGGCAGUUCCGUGAUUUGGCUCUCCAAAGAGAGCAAAUGACAUCUCAGGUUAAAAACACAUAUGCAUCUUUUGUGAAGUAUGGUGGUGGUGCAGGUGCAGGCAAGCGAGUACUCUGGCGCCAAAAGUGUCAGGACCACACCCUCGUCGUCUUUGGCGACGAUACUAUGGAGAAGUGGUCGUUGGAGGCCGAGGGUGUGACGAGCAGCAGUGAGUCCGGAAAGGGGGACGUCACUGCUGUCGUGGUCAAUAAGGGAGGACCACGACCACCAAGAAAAAGGAGGAGGCCGCGCUCGUUCCCGGAGCAUCCCGGUAUUGCGGUCGGGAAACCCUGGGAGAAGAUGGAUAUGGACCAAAAGACUUGGCAAGAACGGAUGGACUAUGCGCAAUGCCUAAAAUGUGGAACUGCGGGUCCCACUGUCAAGCCAGGCCCAGUUAGUGUGCAACAGCCUGUUUCAGUGGCUAUGCAGCCGCUGCAGCAAGCCCCUGGGCCCAUGCAGCCUAUGCAAACGAUGCAGUGGAUGCCCAAGAUACCCCUGAUGAGUCCUAAGCCCUUCUUCGACGACAGGAAGAAGGAUGAUGACUUGGAUACCUGGGUAAGAACGGUGCCUACCUAUGUGAGGCACAAACUUACCAGGCCAGAGCACGAAGUUGUAGUGGCUGCCUCCUUUUUAGAGGGGUCAGCAGCCCGUUGGUUGAAUGGCUUAGUGCAGCAACAGGGCUACGGUCAAAACUUCGAUGCUUGGGCACAGGCCCAGACAUUGGAAGAGUUCGUACGGUCCGUGUAUAACAGAUGGCAUGACCCGCAAGGGGCUCAGAAGGCCACCGAUGCUAUCAACAGUCUUUGUUCCCGCAGGUUCAAGAAUGUUAGAGAGCUAACAGACACCGUAGAACGUUUACUCGUGGCACCUAGUGUGCGUUUUGACCAGCAGGUUCUCCUGACGGAUUACCUAAGGUGCCUACCUGCAGAGGUAAGGACCAAGCUGGUUGAUGAAGCCUAUGUCGAACAGCACACCUUCGCCUCUUUCAGCAAGAAAGCCUUAGACAUAGAGGCUAAGUUGGGGUCCGCGCAUCAGAGUCAGGGCGAUGGUAGGAAGAAGAGAUUACCCCAGGAAUGGAAAAAGAAAGGUCAACUAAUGUUCGUCGACCAUGAUGGUCAGGCGACAGAAAUUGACAACUUCCCAGACCUUGGGGAGGAGACAAAGCAUGAUGGGGCUAGUGAGACUUCAGAUGGGGGAGUCGUGGUACCCAUUAAGGAAAAGGCUAGGGGGACCGAGAAAAAGAGGGUAGUACGGUCCACGGGUCAGGGCGACCAAGGCACACUUGCCUGGGUGAAGCUUGGUUUAGAGUACGAGGCCGUUGAACAUAUUAAGAAGUCUCAGGAUGCUAUGAUCGCAUCUGAGAAUAAGCAUAGACGGCCCUCGAACGUUCAGGUAGGUGAUAAAGUCUGGGUAAAGUCAUCUGAACUAGGUCAGGAGAUGGGGAUAUCCAGAAAACUGAUGCCACAAUAUUUUGGGCCCUGGGAGAUCUUGGACGUUGUAGGGGAUCAACCAGAUGGGCCUUCAUACGUGAUCCGUAUUCCUGCACACCUACGCACUUACCCUGUGUUCCAUGCCUCCAAGCUGCCACCUUUCGCUGCCACUGACCAGUUUCCUUCAAGAAGAUCAAUGCUGCCCCCAACCAUGGAUGACGAAGUGGACGUGGACCAGAUCGUUGAGCAUCGAGUGAUGCCUGUUCCUCGACCAUCAGGCAGAGGGCGCCCUCCUAAGCCGAGAAUGCAGUACCGUGUGAGCUUCAGACAUCAUCUGGAUCCUAAGGAGGAUCGCUGGUUCACACGAGAAGAACUCAUGAGAACAGCACCUCAAGUGAUUGCAGGCUACGAAAGCGCACUCAAGGGGAAGAUGCCUGCAGAAUAAGAGAUUUCUCAGAGGACUCACGAAGUAAAGGAGGAGGGGAUGCGAGGAUCAGGGUCCUCGGCAGGCCUAUGGGGCCCUGUUUGCAGCAUUGCCCGCCCUCAGUGAAGGCGGGCCUGACAUAUCACAAGAGGCCCUCGACUGUCAAUUUCAUAUUUGGGGUCCAGGCAGUUGCGACGCGCCAGUUGGUUGAGUGAAACUCAGGCCGAGCAACAAAGACAUUUCCACGGC